GCCGCUGCUGGGAAAGAUCUGCUUGGUUUGCGAGCAGCUGGAUCGGAGCUUUCAGCUUGAUCUUCAUGACUUCGGAGAUGGUGGUGGCGGUGAGGGAUCCUCGCGGCUUUCGGUCGCUGGUGAUGGGAUUCCGCGAGGAUGGCACGGUGGUUUUCGCGUCGGAGACUUGCGCCUUCAAUCUUAUCCAUGCCAGGUACGAGAGGGAAGUCGAGCCGGGGGAAGUUUUGGUGGCGACCAAGUCGGAAAAUGGCCGCGGCAGCGUGAACGUAGAACGUUUCCACGAGCUCGAGAAGGCCGAGUCUCUGAAGCUAUGCUUGUUCGAGCUCUUCUACUUGUCCCGGCCGGAGUCCUUCGUCUUUGGACACUCGGUCUACCUCACCAGAUACAGGCUUGGCGAGCUUCUAGCCGAGGAUUUCCCAGUGGACUGUGACUUCGCCAUGGCGGUGCCAGAUUCCGGGAUGGUGUCGCUGCUUGGCUACGCGAGCAAGCUCGGGAUUUCAAUCCAGCAGGCGCUCAUCCGGUCGCACGACUCGUUCAUCCAGCCGCGAGAAGUCCACCGGAAGCGCAAGGUUUUGAUGAAGCUGGCUCCGGUUCCGGAGAUCCUGGAAGGCAAGAAGGUGGUCGUGGUGGACGACUCCAUCGUUCGCGGGACAACUUCCAGGAUCAUCGUCGAGAUCUUGCGGUCGGCUGGAGCGAGAGAAGUUCACUUGAGGAUCCCGAGUCCUCCGGUGAUCGACAGCUGCUACUACGGAGUUGACACUCCCACCAAGGAGGAGCUGCUGCUGUUUAAGAUGUCGCAAGCCGAGGCUUGCGAUUACAUUGGAGCCGACUCGCUCGAGUUCUUGUCGCUGGAGAGGAUCAAAGCAAAGAUAGGGAAUGGCCGCCAUUUUUGCGAUGCGUGCUUCACUGGGUGUCACAUUGGGUGCUCCAAAAGAGCUGUGGAAUUGGCAGUUUGAUCUUGGGGGGAGAGAGAGAGAGAGAGAGAGCAAGUAAAGGAACUUGUUUCCCGCCA